UAAAAAACAAAUUAAAUUAAAAAAAAAGAAAAACCAGAUCGUCGAGCGGCAAGAACGAUCUCUCUGGUUUCUGAUUUUCUUCUUGCUCGUCUCGAUUUUAAUACUGAAUUAUACUGUUUCUGUAAUUUAUCUUGUUGAAGGCGACGACUAGAAGGCAAGGAACCAACAACUCCCCCAACCGCCCACCCCACCCUUUUUUUUUUCUUCAUAAAUUUUCAACCCCCACGGAGAACGACCCUUCUCCCGCUAGUUUCAUCUGCCUUGCUUCAGAUCCGGCCCAUCACCUUAGGGUUUAAAUACUAUCAUCUCACCAUCUGUUUCCUCGUGUUGAUGAAGAUUCACUGAAGACGGUUCCUCUAACCUGGGUAGCGGGGAUAGUGGGUGGAGAGGAAGAGAAGGGCGGUUCUGUUUAUAUUGGAAGUAUAUCUCGCAUUUUGAUCUGUGUUGAGUUGUUUCCCCUUCGUGGGGUUGCUUAUUCUGAUCAGAUCAUUUGGUUGUUUUUCCUUGGCUGAAGCCCCAGGAAGAUGGUGGAAUCCGGUCCCUUAACUCCCGGUCAGGUUUCUUUUUUGCUUGGAUUUAUUCCUGUAUUUACAGCAUGGUUAUAUUCAGAGAUAUUGGAUUACAGGAAAUCCUCCUCUCUUUCAAAAGUCCAUUCAGAUACCAAUCUGGUUGAGUUGGGAAAUGGAACUGUUAAAGAAGGCGACCUAGUCCUGUUGCUUGAAGGAGGCUUAUCUAGGUCUGCAUCUGCAAAGUUUCAGAAUGCUUCUAUCCGGACAACGUUAAUCAGAUUUGUAACGAUGGAUGAAUCGUUUUUAGGUGAAAAUCGGGCUCUUUUAAGAUCAAUGUCAGAAUUUGGUGGGGUCUUGAUCUACUUCUACAUAUGUGACCGAACAAACUUGUUUCCUGAAACCAGCAAGAGUUAUAGCCGUGACCUAUUUGUCUUUCUCUACCUUCUUCUCAUCGUAGCAUCUGCCAUUACUUCUUUAAAAAAACACAUAGACAAGUCAGCAUUCUCAGGAAAGUCUAUUCUUUACUUGAACCGGCAUCAAACUGAAGAGUGGAAGGGAUGGAUGCAGGUUUUAUUUUUGAUGUACCACUAUUUUGCGGCCACGGAGAUGUACAAUGCAAUACGUGUGUUCAUUGCUGCUUAUGUCUGGAUGACUGGGUUUGGGAACUUCUCAUACUAUUAUAUAAGGAAGGACUUCAGCCUAGCUCGUUUUGCUCAGAUGAUGUGGCGUUUAAAUUUCUUUGUGAUAUUUUGUUGCCUCGUCCUCAACAAUGAUUACAUGUUAUAUUACAUCUGUCCAAUGCACACGCUGUUCACACUCAUGGUAUACCUGACACUUGGUAUCUUCAACAAAUACAAUGAGAUUGGGUCAGUGAUGGCUGUCAAAAUCAUCUCCUGUUUUUUGGUGGUGUUCUUGAUAUGGGAAGUUCCUGGAGUUUUUGAUGUUUUUUGGAGCCCUUUCACCUUCUUCUUAGGGUACAAAGAUCCAGAACCUUCCAAAGCAAACCUCCCUCUUUUGCAUGAGUGGCACUUCAGAUCCGGACUCGAUCGCUACAUCUGGAUCAUAGGAAUGAUAUAUGCAUACUACCAUCCAAGUGUUGAGAGAUGGAUGGAAAAGAUUGAAGAAGCUGAAGCCAAGCUCAGGUUUUCAAUUAAAGCAUGUAUAGUUGCAGUUAGUUUGGUGGUUGGUUUUUUGUGGUACGAGUACAUCUACAAAUUAGAUAAAGUUAGUUACAAUAAGUAUCAUCCUUAUACAUCUUGGAUUCCCAUCACUGUCUAUAUUUGCUUGCGAAAUGCCACACAGCAAUUGCGAAGUUAUUCCUUGACCCUCUUUGCGUGGCUUGGCAAGAUCACGCUGGAGACAUACAUCUCCCAGAUACAUAUUUGGCUUCGGUCAAGCAAACCAAAUGGUCAACCCAAGUGGCUGCUUUCUUUUAUUCCAAAUUACCCACUGCUCAAUUUCAUGCUGACCACCACAAUCUAUCUAUUUAUAUCGUAUAGAGUCUUUGAGCUUACGAACACGUUAAAGAAUGCUUUCCUUCCAACAAAGGACAACAAGCGCCUGCUGCAAAAUUUUAUUGCAGGGUCAGCUAUCUGCAUAUGCUUGUAUUUUUUCUCAUUCGCUCUGCUCCUUAUACCUACACCCACGGCAUAAACACUGAAAUCCAAAAUAUUUGGAAAGAACUUUUCUUUUGGUACAAGGCAUAUGAUUCCAGUUGAUAAACUUGAGGGUGUGUGAUUUGGCUGAUUCUAUAAUCUUAUCAGGAAAAACUUGAGAGAUUUGUGUCAAUCAAUUUACCAUUUUUGUGGAAGUAUGGAAAUGAUGUCUUUUGGGAAUGAGAUGCCAGGUGCUAUGGGUAGGGCUUUUUUAUUUGGAUGUAAAUCAUUUUUUUUUCUUCUUUUAAUUCUUAAGAAUGGUAUC